AUGAUUCGACCCGCCGUACGUCCAUAUCGCAAACUCCUCGCCAGUGCUACGUGGUCGGGACCUGGCGCUGCGCGUUCCUUUUCGGUCAGUGCGAGAGGUGUGGCGGACGCACAUCGUUCGAGAUGCUUGAGUGGAUCGGCCCGUCGGGAGCAGUGCGUUGGAUACGUGUCUCCGGGAAGUGGAGGGAGGGUAGACGGUGGGCUUAAAUAUGGUCAAACAAGGAGGAUGACGGAUGUCGGUACCGCAGUUGGGGUUCAGGACAGUGCUCCGGCAGCGACGUUUGGGCCUAUCCAAGAGUAUGAUUCGAGAGUGGAGGCGGGGCGGUUGAGGGACGAUGAUUUUCAAAGAGCAAUUAUCCAACAUCUCCAAGACCUACAUGAAGUCCUCAGAGGGUAUAACCCACCUCCAGUAGUCCACCCGUCUCUUGCUGAGUUGAUCGCUGCGCCCAAAUCCUCCUUAUUUGAUACCCUCUUCGGCCGUAGCUCUAAACCAUCCGGCCUCGUCUCACGGAUACCCGAAAACCUGCCAAAGGGUCUAUAUAUGCAUGGCGACGUGGGAUGUGGGAAGACCAUGUUGAUGGAUCUCUUUUAUGACACUCUACCUGCGAACAUUGGCUCCAAGACACGCAUACAUUUCCACAAUUUCAUGCAGGACGUGCACAAACGGCUGCAUCUUGUGAAAAUGAAGCAUGGAAAUGACUUUGAUGGAGUCCCCUUUGUGGCAGCUGAGAUUGCAGAGCAGUCCAGUGUACUGUGUUUUGAUGAAUUUCAGUGCACUGAUGUUGCUGACGCAAUGAUCCUGAGGAGAUUGCUUGAAUCCUUGAUGUCCCACGGCGUUGUUUUCAUAACAACAUCAAACCGGCACCCGGAUGAAUUGUAUAAGAACGGAAUUCAGCGACAGUCUUUUAUCCCAUGCAUCCAACUUCUCAAGAAUACACUUACCGUCUUAAAUCUUAACUCCACCACAGAUUAUCGCAAAAUCCCGCGUCCACCGUCUGGUGUUUAUCACUGUCCCCUCGGUCUGCAGGCCGACCGUCACGCCGAUAAAUGGUUCGAGUAUCUAGGGGAUUUCAAAAAUGACCCACCACACCGCGCAGUGCAUCAAGUCUGGGGACGCGAUGUCGUCGUUCCACAAGCUUCAGGCAAAGCGGCAAGAUUUACAUUCGAUGAGCUGAUUGGCCGACCCACGAGUGCAGCGGAUUAUAUCGAGUUGAUGAGGAGCUACAAUGCGUUCAUCAUCACUGAUGUGCCCGGGAUGACGCUGCAGCAGCGUGAUUUGGCCAGACGAUUCAUUACGUUUAUUGAUGCAGUCUACGAGAGUCGGGCUAAACUCGUCCUCACCACCGCUGUUCCUCUCUCAAACCUCUUCCUUUCCCCCUCUGAGAUCAAAGCCUCCAUCACUCACACCCCAAAGCACUCUGCUGCUAAUUCUAAACCCAUCUCUUCCACCUCCUCUUCUUCUUCCUCGUCACCUGCUCAAGACUCCGGCGAAGACCUGGAUGACUCCAUGCGCAUGUUGAUGGAUGAUCUCGGUCUGUCCAUGUCCCAAUUAAGGGCCACCUCCAUAUUCAGCGGUGACGAAGAGCGCUUCGCAUUUGCCCGGGCGUUGUCAAGAUUAGCGGAGAUGGAGGGCAAGGAGUGGGUUGAGAGAGGGAUGGGCGUGGGACUGGAUAUCAAAUCAGGGAUCGAAGAGAAGCAAGCGUGGGAUAAGAUGAGGAGUCGGUGGACGGAGGACAACAUGUGA